AUGGCUACCCCCAGUGUCCUUACCUUUGAUGCUGAGGGUCGUGCUGUUGACUUCGAGGUCUGGGUAGAUGACCUACAGCUUUUCCUACAGUGCCAUAGGGCGGACGGACUCUCCCUGUUCGAUCUCACCUCUGGUGCCUCUCCUGCCUCGCCUGCUGAUGCUGACAGCACUGUCCGCUCACAAUGGGCCACACGCGAUGCUGCUGCUCAUCUUGCUGUGCGUCGCCACUUACCGACCACUGAGGGUGCGCACUUUAGUCAGUACAAGAGUGCUAAGACCUUGGACCACUUCCUCUCUGUUUGCCCCACCACACUCACCGUUGACCUCCUCGAGGAGCGCCUCCUGGCAGCUGAGAAGAGUAUAGUCGCUGUAGGAGCCUCUAGAGGUGACCCGCGUGCCCCUGUCUUUGAGGGGUGCUCCCCCUCCCCCCUUUUGCCCUCUGUUGCCUCUGCUGCUGCCGUCGACUUCGUUGGCACCGAGUCGCAAGGUGGGGGUACUGGUCCUUGUACCUACAUCCUCCGUACCGGCGACCGCGCUGGUGAGCAGUGCGGGGGCUCGCACUCCACCCAGCGCUGCUUCGGCCGCCUGACAGACGCUUGGCGUCUCCAGUUCCCUGACGCCACUGAGAUCCCUCGCCGGGGAGAGCUGUCUAGGGCGGGGGUUGCUAUCUUUGAUCUUGACUAUGAUGCUAUUCUUGCUGCCAUGUAUGCUGUGUCUACUAGUGAUGAGGGUGACUGUUACCUGUGUGUUCCGCCUGACCCGGGCAUUGAGGCUGCUGCUCUAGGUGCAGGUACCAUGUCGGCUCAGGCCUUACACACCUUCACCCUUGACUCGGGUGCUUCCCGCUCCUUCUUUCGAGACCGCACCACGCUUACGCCGCUUAGUCGGCCGGUUGCGGUCUCCCUGGCGGACCCCUCUGGGGGUCCUGUCCUUGCUAGCUUCUCCACUGUCUUACCGUGUCCGGCAGCCCCCUCUGGCACCCUGUCAGGUCUCUACCUCCCCUCGUUCUCUACGAACUUGGUGAGUGGUGCUGAUCUACAGGAUAGGGGGGUUGACCAGUUCACUCCUGCGAGUCAGCGGGUGACCCACUGUACGUGUGCUCGGACGGGCCGACACUUGGCCACGUUUACCCGUCGACCGGGGUCGAGCCUGUACACACUGACUACUGAAUCUCCUCCGGUUGCUGAGUCUGGUCAGAUAGCUGUGUCGAGUCAGGUGUUUGCUGCAACGUCCAGGUCUGGUCCUGAGUCUGCUCCCUGCUCGUGUCGUCUCCUAUCCCACCAGACUCUCCUUUGGCACCACCGCCUUGGUCACCCCUCCCUGCCUCGUCUCCGAGGCAUGGCCUCCCGUGUCCUUGUUUCUAGUCUCCCCCGGUCCCAGUUAUCACUUUCCUAG